AUGGGCGAAUUGGAGUCAGGGGCCGACGAGAGAAUGCACCAAUUCUCGAGCUCGGGCCGGUCCGGGCGCCGAAACGCUCUGCCAGAGAUCGACGUCUCCGAGGUGGACCCCGGCGCGCAGAAGCUAGCAGAAAGAUUUUCGCAGUUGGACGCCACCGAUGCCCCGUCGACCUCCAAACAAAGUGAUUCUC